AUGCUGUCUCGUUUCUUCAAGCCCUGCCAUGCGCCUGAGCCGCCAACCAGGGCACCAGUAACACACAAAAAUGACAAUCGAUCUCGAUUGGCAAGACGAGCAAAUGUCGAUGUGUGGCUCAAUCGAGAUGGAUUAUCGUUUGAUAUGGUCAUCGGUGGUUGUACCUGUCCUCCAUGUACACUUCGAGAUUUCAUGAACUAUUUGAUAUAUGUGGAGAGGAAUGCCGAAAACCUGCAGUUCUUCCUAUGGCAUCGGGACUACGCUCGACGUUUCUACUUGAUUGCUGAAAGCCAACGACAACUUUCUCCGGAGUGGACCGGUAAAAAGAGCCCAAAGGCAGACGUUCAUGCCGUUCAACCCACCACGAAUGACCAGACACCUCCGUCCCCAGAUGUCACAGCCGUCACUACUGAACCUCAAUCCACCUACACUGCGCCUCCCGGCACCGGUAUUCCAACCUCUGAUGACCCUGAUCGCACAUUGAGAACUCCACCCGUGACGGAUGGACUCGAUUGUGGCUCAAGCCCACCGGCGGAGGAGAUGGGGGCAGAGUACUCUGCAAACGAGGCUGCCAAAAAAACGACUAACGAAGCACCCCAGGCGGCUGAAGAGACAAGAUCAAAAUUCAUCGCACAGCCCUUCCGAAAAGAGAUCAGCAAAAUUUACGCAACAUAUAUCGCUAAUGGCGCCAGUCGGCAGCUGAACUUGACUUCGAAGGAACGUGAAAAUCUCAUGGGAGCCAUGGAGUGCACAACGCACCCAUCAGCGUUCAAGCAAGUGGUGGACCAAGUGGAAUGGACCCUUCGCCACCAUUCACAUCCCAAUUUUAUUCGCUGGACGCUGAAUAAUUGCAACCGCCAUCGUGUCCUCGCUGCUCGCAUUCUCAGUUCUACUACAAUGCUUUUAGGUCUCAUAGCUGGUCUUCUGCCCAUAUUCAGCUCCGCCACAAGGGCCUGGAGAGCGUUGUCGGCGUUAGUCCUCCUGCCUGGCUUGAUUAUAUUUCUCACGUCGUGUAACGGUUCUUGCAUUCUCUUUCUCUUCCUUAACCGCCGCCAUCUUCAUCCCUGGGAACUCUUCUCCGAUGAAGACGAAGAUACCCUAGAAAAGUUAGGAGUCGACUCCAAGGCCUUCGACAGCACCGGUGAAAGCAAUUCCUACGAAGACGAGCCCUGGAUACCCAGAUAUCGGAGACGCAAUUUCUUCGAAAAGGUCUUCGAUCCAGAUACUAGAAUUCAGGACCCGGUUCUUCGUCGCAUGCACUUUAUGAUCCUCCUCCGCAUUUCCAUCGCCUCCGCGGUUAUCACUGCUAUCCUUGUGACUAUAUUCGUCUCUGUGCCUAAGGGGAAUUACUUCUGA